UUGUUUUGUUAUUUUAUUCUGGGAAGAGUAGCACCAUAGGAAAGCGAGGGUUUGCUCUAAAGUCUAAAACCAAAGCAAAAUCUGGAAAUGAGUACUGAGCGAAACAAAAGAGCAGAAUAGCUAGAGAGCUCUGAAGCCCAAAUAACCGAAGGAAUUAAUGGGUAAAAAGGAGAGAGCGCAAGAGAGAAGAGAGAAGCGACGACAAGAAAUAUCUCUACUCCGUACCAUUCCUUAUUCUGAUCACCAAAGAUGGUGGUCUACUGACACUAUUGCUGUCGUGACUGGUGCAAAUAGAGGAAUUGGAUUUGAAAUUGCUCACCAAUUGGCAUCACAUGGCCUAACGGUAGUUCUUACAUCGCGAGAGACUCAUGUUGGUAAAGAAGCAGCGAAAGUCAUGCAAGAGGGAGGUUUGAAUGUGGUAUUUCAUCAAUUGGAUAUUGUGGACCCAACAUCAAUUCAAUUAUUUUCUGACUGGAUAAAGGAAAAAUAUGGCGGUUUAGAUAUACUGAUCAAUAAUGCAGGAGUCAAUUUCAAUUUCGGAACAGAUAAUUCAGUGGAAUUUGCAGAAACGGUUAUCCGGACCAACUACUUUGGCACCAAAAGUAUGAUUAAAGCUAUGAUUCCAUUAAUGAGGCCUUCUCCUUUUGGUGCUCGUAUUGUUAAUGUGACUUCACGACUGGGAAGACUUAAUGGCAGGCGGAAUAGAAUUGCAAAUGUCAGCUUGAGACAACAACUGGAGGAUGUAGAUUCCUUAUCAGAGGAACUGAUUGAUAGCACCGUGAGAAUUGCAAAUGUCAGCUUGAGACAACAACUGGAGGAUGUAGAUUCCUUAUCAGAGGAACUGAUUGAUAGCACCGUGAGCACAUUUUUGGACCAAGUAAAAGAUGGGACUUGGAUAUCUGGGGGGUGGCCACAAGUAUUUACUGACUACUCAUUGUCAAAGCUUGCUGCUAAUGCUUACACCAGACUAAUGGCGAAGAUACUUUCAGACAGGCCAGACGGUCAUAAGAUAUAUAUGAAUUGCUAUUGCCCAGGUUGGGUGAAGACUGCCAUGACCGCAUGGGCUGGGCAUACGUCUCCAGUAGACGCUGCGGAUACUGCAGUCUGGCUUGCUCUUCUCCCUGACCAGUUCGUGAGUGGUAAGUUUUUUGCCGAGAGACGUGAGAUAAACUUCUAAAAGUGGGCGUUGAGGACUAAUUCCAGAAAAAGCUCACUUUCUUUUGCUUUGGAACAAGACUGUGAUCGAGUACAGAUUGAAGCAAGAAUACUACUUCAUGGUAAUUAUGUUACAAUCUGCCUUUGCUUAGUGCCCAACUGUCUACUGAAAAUUGAUAUUGCUUAUGGGAACUAUAGCUAUCGGUAUAAAUCGUUAAAAUUGAUUUACCUAGUCUUCAAAUUCUGGAGGAUGCGUCAAAAUCGGUUUCUAGCAAUCCACUUCUGGAUAGAUUGUCUAUAGUUUCAUGUACCAUUUGUUACUUUUGGAUAGUACAGAUUAGAGGAGCAGCAUUUUGGUACAUUUAGUAGUUAUUUAUAGCUUUGCCAGGAGAGCAUGCCUUGAUUAAUUGAAAUAUUCUUUAUAGUUUGCGAAGUGAUAAAACAUGCAAAUUUCGUAGAGGUCCUUAGCUAGCAAAUGAAGGGAAUGGAUGAAGCAACUAUGAGUUGGUCCAGCUACUAUUUCUGUUGAUUGUUCUGAGGAGUUCAACUUUCUUUUGUUUCUAUGAUGAAGGAAUUAUGAUGUGAUCAUUUUGACUCAAAUAGUGGGAUCCUUGUGGUA